AUGUUCUCUCGGAUUGCGCCCGCAACGAAGCGCUCUGCUCAACAGGCCUUCAAGCCCGCUGUUCAGGCUCGUUUCGCGUCGACCAAGCCUGCUGCUGCUCAACAUCCUAAGCAAGUCGCUGCUGUUACUGCUGGUAUCGUCGGUGCCACUGGUUUGGCCUACAUGUACGCCGACAGUGGUAUCUCUGCCAACAUGGCCGACGAAGGUCUUCACCCUCCUUCGCACCCUUGGCCCCACAGCGGCCCAUUGAGCACCUACGAUCACGCUUCUAUUCGUCGUGGUUACCAGGUCUACAGAGAAGUCUGCUCUGCUUGUCAUUCGCUCGACCGCAUUGCUUGGAGAAACUUGAUCGGCGUUUCUCACUCUGAGACCGAGGUUAAGGCCAUGGCUGAGGAAGUCGAAUAUGAGGACGGUCCUGAUGAUAACGGUGAUAUGUUUAUGAGACCCGGCAAGCCCUCCGAUUACAUGCCCAGACCCUACGCCAACGAGGAAGCUGCCCGUGCUGGUAACGCCGGUGCUUUGCCCCCAGAUCUUUCUUUGAUCACCAAGGCUCGUCACGGUGGUGAAGACUACGUCUUCGCCCUUCUGACCGGUUACAUGGACCCACCUGGAGGUGUCGAGGUCCGUGAAGGUUUGAACUACAACCCCUACUUCCCCGGUGGUGCCAUUGCCAUGGCCCGUGUUCUUUUUGAUGAACUCGUCGAGUACGAAGAUGGUACCCCUGCCACUACCUCCCAGAUGGCUAAGGAUGUCUGCACUUUCUUGGCCUGGGCUGCUGAACCUGAGCACGACGAUCGUAAGAAGAUGGGUAUGAAGGCUACCGUCAUUUUGUCAGGUUUGACUCUGUUGUCCAUCUGGCUUAAGCGCUUCAAGUGGGCUCCUAUUAAGUCUAGAAAGAUCGUGUACAAGUAG